GCCGGGGCGACGGGAGGGCCGCGGAGAGGCGGCGGCGACGACGAAGACGACGGCGGCGGUCCCCGCCGAGGCCCGGGCCGGUUCGCCGCCGCCCGGCCGCCAUGGACAAGAUCCUGGAGGGACUGGUGAGCUCGUCCCACCCGCUGCCGCUGAAGCGCGUCAUCGUGCGGCGGGUGGUGGAGCUGGCCGAGACGCCGCUGAGCCAGGCGCAGUGCCGCGCCAUGUUCGCGCUCGGCACCCGGCUGGUGUUGCAGGGCCCCGACGCCUUCCAGCGGCAGGUGGGCCGCCAGGUGCUGGAGGCCUACGGGCGCUACCAUCGCGCCGAGUUCGAGGCCUUCUUCGACCGGGGACUGGUCCUCGGCCUCCUGCAGCGCGGCUACGGCGAGCUGAGCUGCCGCGACCCGGCCAUCCUCGACUACAUCCAGGCGGGGCUGCGCCUCAUCAUGAGCUGCCCCUCGGUGCUGGAGCUCUUCGAGCUGCUGCAGGUGGAGGCCCUUCGCAUGGUGUGUGAGCGGCCCGCGCCGCCGCUCUGCGCUCGCCUGUGCCAGCUGCUGGGCGACUUCCCGCAGUGCCUGCCCCGCGGCAGGAAGCUCUCGCUCGCCUUCUGCCAGCAGCUGGUGCGCAGCAUCGCCCACUUCCAGAGCCGGGGCAGCCGCGAGGCCGAGCUGCGCCUCUACGUCUCGCAGGUGACGCAGGUCAGCGGGCUGCUGCGCAGCGUCUGGAAGGCCGAGCCCGACACGCUGCUGCCCUCCCUGCAGGAGCUCUUCGCCGUCAUCGCCGCCGCCGAUACUGCAUUUGAACCCUCUGUUGCACUGGCAAGUCUUGUGCAGCAUAUACCUUUGCAGAUGAUUACAGUACUCAUCAUGAGCCUUACUACAGAUCCAAAUGUGAAAGAUGCCAGUAUGACUCAAGCGCUGUGCAGAAUGAUUGACUGGUUGUCUUGGCCUCUGGCUCAGCAUGUGGAAACAUGGGUGAUUGCACUGCUGAAAGGACUAGCUGCAGUCCAGAAAUUUACUAUCCUUAUUGAUGUCACUCUGAUGAAGAUAGAACUGGUCUUCAAUCGACUUUGGUUUCCUUUAGUAAGACCCGGUGCCCUUGCUGUUCUUUCUCAUAUGUUACUUAGCUUCCAGCAUUCUCCUGAAGCUUUUCAUUUGAUUGUCCCACAUGUGGUCGGCUUGGUUCACUCCUUCAAAAGUGAUGGUUUGCCUUCGAGUACAGCGUUCUUGAUGCAGUUGGCUGAGUUGAUACAUUGUAUGAUGUAUCAUUAUUCAGGUUUUCCAGAGCUCUAUGAACCCAUUCUGGAAGUUUUUAAGGAUAUGCCCAAGCCCAGCGAAGAGAAAAUGAAGCUGAUUCUCAGUCAGAGUGCCUGGACUUCUCAAUCCAAUUCUUUGCCGUCUUGUUUAUCUAGACUUCCUGGAAAAUCUGAAACUGGGAAGACGGGCCUGAUUAACCUAGGGAAUACCUGCUACAUGAACAGCAUUAUUCAGGCACUUUACAUGGCUACUGAUUUCAGAAGACAUGUUUUAUCUCUGAAUCUAAAUGGUUGUAAUUCAUUGAUGAGAAAAUUACAGCAUCUUUUUGCGUUUUUGGCCCAUACCCAGAGGGAGGCGUAUGCUCCUAGAAUUUUCCUUGAGGCUUCCAGACCGCCGUGGUUCACCCCUCAAUCACAACAGGAUUGCUCAGAAUAUCUCCGGUUCCUGCUCAACAGGUUGCAUGAAGAAGAGAGAACUUUGAAAGCAUUGUCUUCAGCAAAGUCUGCUGAAAGUAGGAAGAAUGAAGAGUCCCAGGCACAAGAAACUGUCCCUAAAGCACAGGUAUUUGCCGAAGCACUUUGUAAGGGGAGUGAAGAAAGAACUCUCAUAGAGAGAAUGUUUGGAGGAAAACUGAAGACUACUAUCUGCUGUUUGAACUGCAAAAGCACAUCUCAAAAGGAGGAAGCUUUUACAGAUCUCUCUUUAGCUUUUUGUCCUCCGAUGUCCUUGGAAAGCGCUAGUGUGAAAUGUGUGGAACAUUCUGAAAUCAAAGAUGGCUCUGUGGUGCAAACUACUAUUUCAGCAACUUCAGCUGGAGAAAUACCUCUCAGUAGCUUGGAAGUAAAUGGUGGAAGCAACGCACUUACAAAUGAAGGAAUCCUAAAGGAUUUUUCUGCUGAGCCAAACUCUGAGACAAAAUCUGAAUUGAACAAGGAUCAAGAUAGUAGGGAUGUUUCUUCUGCACUAGUAGGGAAAAGCACCCCAUCGGUAACGGACUUACUGAAUUAUUUUCUGGCACCUGAGAUCCUUAGUGGAGACAAUAAGUAUUAUUGUGAGAAGUGUGCCUCUCUACACAAUGCUGAGAAAACUAUGCAAAUCAUUGAGGAACCUGAAUACCUCAUUCUCACUCUUCUGAGAUUUUCAUAUGAUCCAAAGUGUCAUAUAAGACGUAAAAUCUUGGACAGUGUUUCUCUGCCACUUCUUUUGGAAGUGCCAGUCAGAAGAGCAACAUCCCCUCUAGCUGUGGUUUCAGGAAGUUGGUCUGUUGAUGUUGAGGUUUCUGAUGUUGGAGAAAAUCUUGCUAAAAAACUGAAGCCCUCAGGUGCUGAUGAAGUGUCCUGCCCACAGCUGGUGCCCUACGUGCUAAGUUCUGUGGUGGUGCACUCUGGUGUAUCCUCUGAAAGUGGACAUUACUACUCAUAUGCUAGAAAUGUUACUGGUUCGGGUUCUUCAGGACAGUGUCACCAGUCUCAAGCUUUUUCUGUAAUUUCUCCUCAGAAUAAGUUGUUAGCAGAGGAGAGUCCCUGUACUGUUAUAGAAAGUGAGCUGGACACUGAGAUGCCAAAAGAAUGGUUUUUAUUCAAUGACAGCAGAGUGACAUUUACCUCAUUUCAGUCAGUCCAGAAAAUUACCAGUAGGUUUCCAAAGGACACUGCUUAUGUUCUGUUUUACAAAAAACAGAAUAGUACCUGUGGCUACAAUGCAAAUUCAGCAAAUGGACUCUGGGUGAAUGGAGACCCUCCCCUACAAAAAGACCUCAUGGAUGCAAUUACAAAAGAUAACAAACUAUACUUGCAGGAGCAAGAGCUUAGUGCUCGAACGCAGGCACUUCAAGCUGCCUCAGCCUCGUGCUCUUUCCGCCCCAAUGGAUUUGAUGACAAUGAUCCCCCGGGAAGUUGCGGACCAGCAGGUGGAGGAGGAGGGGGUGGAUUCAGUACUGUUGGUAGAUUAGUGUUUUGACUAGGCAGAUGACCUGGAAUACACUGGUUCUAAAGCAGCGCGGUACCGCUGAGGACAGUUAAACGUUGAACUUACUGUACGAAGUUUAGAGACUUCAUCCUUGUCUAAAAGCAAAUGUUGAGCAAAAGCAAUUCUUGCGUACCUUUUAUUUGAAAUAAAUAAGCGCAUAAUGGAAAAAAAACUACCUCUUAAAAAUUCAAUUGCUUUUAUAGUAAGAUAUGCUUUCCCUAAAGACAGAAAAUUGAGAUUUUUAAGUAGGUUCUAACACCUCUGCAUUUAAACAAAUGCAUUUACAUCAUUUUCCAUAGACUUUAUCCACUCAAUGAAGCAAGUUGAUUUUGACUCUGGUGGCGUUGUUGUAUGUGCAAGUCCUUUCAGAUGGGUUAAACUACAUGCAUAGUUUCCCAUUCCACCUUAUUUACAAGUCUGAUAACUUCAUAGUUUCUAGAGAUGAUGCAAUCAUACAAUGAAGGCAAUAAAUUAAUGUGAAUUGAUACAGUACUUCUAAAAAUAUUCAAUAUAUUUACAGUAUGAGUGUAAAGAAGAAAAAUAUAAAUAUUUGCAAAGCUAUUUUCCACAAAAGUGCAUGUUCUGUGGGAACAAUGUUUUUAAAUAGAAGUUAAUAACUUUGUAGCAUUUUUUAUUGUUUUGAGAGUUUUAAAAUUAUUUCAGGGAAUAUAUAUGCUGUGUAUUUGAAAGGAAGAGAUUCUGUAUGUGCCUUGCAGUACUGUAACUUAAAUCAAGCUUUCUGAGACUGCGGAAAAGGAAGAAAAUGGUCGUGGUUAAUUUUUCUUGUCAGUGUUAGGAAUCAAGUGUUUCUAGAAAGCUAUUUGGUUUCCAGAAGUAAAAGCUUAAAAAAGGACUAAGUUUGUCCUUUAUUUUUGAAUCAGAGGAAUAUACCUAGAGAAUUAUUAUUUUCAUGGCUGCAUUGGUUAAAGAGGUCAGUCAUAAAUUUUGAACUACACUUAGGAAAUCAUAGGAAGGCUACCUAUAUGGAUCCUUGCUGAGGGUCUGUGCUUGUAAAAGUCCUUCAAAAUUUUGCCUUGUGGUUUGUUUUUGUUUUUAAUUUUUUAAAUGAGAAAUAGUUGAUGAGUUCAGGCUUUAAUUGUCUGCAGAAGACCAAAAUGACAUCUGUGGAGCGACGUCUACUGGCAUAUUGGGCCAGCAUAAGUCAAGGAAACCACUCUUCUAGUCUCGACAGAAUUAGAAACUGUUUUUGAUGUGCAAUGAGGAUAACAAAAGUAAAUGAGUUACACUAAAUGUGGUGAUUGAUUCUGAACUUGAAUAAUCUUAUACUGAAGUGUAAAUUUAUUUAAAAUACUUUUUAGAAAAUUCUGCACUGUUUUGCUGUGUUUUUUAUAUUCUACUUAGUGACAAAGUGCAUCUUUAAAAAGCAUGCGAACCUGGCAGGUGGUAGUUAAACUGUACAAUAUUUUUUUUCUGAAAAUGCCUUUUAAAAGCAUAAACUAAGUUUAACUUGGUUCCUAUAGUGCUGAGUAAAUGGAUUUUAGUCCACAGUAAGGUAUCCUAGCUUGCAAACUAUUUUUAUAUUGUCACUAAAAUUGUUACUUGCUCUGCUAUUGGUUCAUAUGUUGCUGUUCAAGAAAGCAGAUCACCUUCAGUUUCAUUAAAUGGCUUCCAUGCUCUGUUUUGACUGUUGUAUGUCAGCUAUCUCAGUUGUACUGGUGGGUUCAGCUGUGAGAUGGGAAGUGUUAUGAGACCAACGUGAAGAAUAUUCUCAUUUAGCUUGCUUGAGUGAAGUUUUCUUGAAGCUCACUCCACCUUUACAUUUGGUAGCUUUCAGUCUAAGAGGGUUUUUUAUUUCCUUUUAGGAUUUUCUCCGACUUAAUUCCAGUUUUAAGGUUAAUCUGGUUUGUUUGGGCUUUUUUUUUUACCAAAUUGUGGGAAGGGCGCACUUAAAAGCUGUUAAUUUGUGUUAGAGUGGGAAUGUUUUCUGUCUCCAAAUGAGUUAACUGUUAAUUUUAAAACAGCAAAAUUAAAAGCAGGAGCAGAUGUUUCUACUCUAUAUGAAAUCAGGCUUUUGUAAAGGUCGGUUUUGCUUUUCAUGCUCUCCAGUAAAAGUAGCCUACCUAAAAAAUGUGUGGUAUGAUUUUUGUGUACCUAUCGUGUAUGUGUUUCAUGAGCUCUUGGAAGGCUUUCUACACUCUAGUUUGCCUAUUAUAAUUAAAAUAUUACAUUUGGUAACUUCAUAACAGAGUAAUGCCACAGUUUAAAACUGGAAGUCUCUGAAGGUUUUUGCUUUGUCCUGUUGAUGCAGUUACUUUGAAUUAUACAGCUUAUGUUUUUAAACCUAACAUACCUUUUUACAAGUCUGCCUUCUGACCUGACAGCCCUCAAAGGCAGAUAGAUACUUAAUGUGGAAGGCUUCAAUAAAGCUAGUGGGAGCAGAGAAGUAUUUCUUGAAAUUGUAAGCCUUCUUCUUUGUUUACAGUAACGGCUCUGCAUGUUCCAGACAGAUGAAGAGCAGUGUACAUAUGGUACUUCGAUUUCUGUUGCCUGUGAAUGAAUGCUGGAUGAUUUGUUUAUUCACUUCUCUUACUCCACUCUUAAUUUGUUUUCUUUGCGAGUUGAAUAAGUAGAAAGAUGUAUAACAAUAUUUCUGAUAUUUAGUUGUUGUUUCAUUUCUUGAAGUAUUUAAUGUUGUACCAAACAAGAGGGUCCUCUAAAAAUCAUAUUUGCUUUUGGCAAGAUUAUGUUUUGGUCUUUGUAUCAUUGGUCCACGGAGUUGCAUUGACUUUAUUCCCUGAAGUUGAUUUUUGUGUGUUUUUCUUGACAUGGAGAAUUACACUGGGUUGCUGUGAGUAUCACAAACAUAAGAAAUGAUUACAGUACCUGAGUGUGUUUAUCCACGAUGAGGAGAGAAAAGCCAUCAUUGAAGAAGUAAGAAAAAAUAACUAGUUCUGGCUAGCACUUUUUUUUCCCCGUUGUUGCCUGCUCUGCAAAGUUAAAUAUUUUAUCUGCUGUCUCCUAGAAGUUUCCUUUGAUGGGUAAGCUUUAAGUCUAAGCCAGUAUGUAGUGAGUGUUCUUUUCUUCUGGAAAUUAUAGGUGAAGACUGGAAGCAUUGUGAGCUAAAUAAGAGUUAAAACAAAAGGAAGUACAAACUUUCUGUAAUUAAGUCUUAGAUUAGAAACUGCUUGAUCACAAGGAUUAACUCCGUAACAGACUUAAAGCCAAGACCUGCCUUAAGGAAGAGGCAAGUAUAUCUGUGUGAGAAAUAAAAUGCAGAACAGUGUCUGAACAGUAGGUAACCAGACCUGAUACAUAGAGGCCCCUUCCAGUCCCUUCCUAGAACAGUGCUCUUCUCUGGGGCUUCCUCACUUGACAUUACAAACUGUUUUUAAGGCUCAGGUUAGAGAAAGCGUUUUUCCAAACUUGUUGGAUUCUUGGCAAGUGUGUGGAUUCAGGAUACACAGUUCAUAUUACAUUUUUUCCCACUGUGAUUAAUAACACUUUCUUGACCCGGUUGUACUGGAAUCAGGCCUGACAAAAUGCACAGCCUGCUGCUGCUCUGUUGAUAAGCAGGAUGCUGCUGUGUGCCCUGAAGUGAUGGGCAGGUUGCUGGCUGCCACAAGGAGGCGCACCUUGCCUGGCGGCCAUCUUGGGCCUUUGUCACCCUCAGCACCUCAGAGCAGCCAGUCCUGGGGUGCACGUGGAACUGGGCCUGGCCUCAGGGCCACAGUAGGAGGAGCCUGAGGUGGAGCAGCGCUGUAUUCUGGCCCUCACCCCUUCAGGGACGCCCCUGGGGAUGGACUGGCAGCUGUGGGAGCAGCACACAUGUGUACGAAAGGGGGAGGUAAGGAAGAUGUGCUGGUGCUGGGCUGAAAUGGGUCUGCGACACCACAGGAAGGAAAGAAUGGCUCUAACCUGAUUGACGGUUUGUGUAUAUUGUAAUGAUAUAACCAUGUGCAUCUGCCAUAGAGUUGUGACUUCUGUGUAAUUCCACUAGAAGGUAGAUAUUCUGUCAGCAGUGCUUUGUUACCAGGCUAAGUCCUCCUCAACUCUCUGCUGUGUGUAGGAAAACCUGUCAAUAGGCACGUGGAAAAUACUGAUUAAUACUUUAAUUAAUGCUUUAAUUUGUUUUUCAAAUGGCUCUCACUUCUUCUCAAGUGUUCUUUAAAGAAUUACAGAAUUUGAUGCUUAACUCCGUAAAAGAAUGUUAUUUAAUGGUUUUGCUGUGUUUUUUCAUGGUUUUGGUCUGCUGAAAUACUAAGUAUAGCAGUCUUGGGUUGCAGCGUGCCUAUGCUUAAACCUUGUUGUUGUGAAUUGGAUUAAAUAUUUAAUGGUACAUUGUAUCAGUUGAAAAAAAUGUGGGGGCAGUUGAGUGUUUUAAUGCACAUUUGUGGGACGGUGGAAAGAAGUCUAUAUGUAUAUUUUAAAUGACUCAGAAGGUGUCUGAAAGCAUAUAAGCUUUCAGUGUGAUCUGAGAGGAAAGAUAUUUCAGUAAAAUAUGGUAGUAGUGUUUGUUUUUUUUUUUUAAA